CACACGCCGUUUCGAGGAAACACGUUGUUCAACCCGGUCUCCCCUGAAACCCCAGCAAACCGGUCCAAAAUGUUUUGAGAUUAAAUGUGCCCAUGACUUCCUCUCAGGCUGGAGAGGCGUAACAGUAUCAGUUUAUCGCCAACUUUACCUGGAUUAAUGAACAGUCGCAGUCUGUGAACCCACAACAGGAUCACCAGAUGGCUGGACUGUCUCUUCAAUAUCCACUCGGAACAAUCAGUUUUUUCAUUGUCUACCUUCUAUCUCACUUUUGUACAGGUCACUCUCAGUUAAUUGGUUCUCCUCAGCCAAUAGUGGCAAAAGUUGGUGAUGACGUCAUCUUGACAUGUCAUCUGCAGCCUGCAGUGGAUGUUGCUGCCAAGACUAUUGAGUGGGCAAGACCAGACCUGGACCCCAGAUUUGUGUAUGUGUGGCGUGCUGGUCAGGAACUCCAUCCUCCAAAAAAUCCAUCCUACAAAGAAAGAACAACUCUGUUCACUGAAGAACUGAAGCACGGAAACAUUUCACUGAAACUCUCCAAAGUGAAACCUUCUGAUGAGGGGAGAUACAAAUGUUACAUUCCAGAUAUGAACACAGACGCCUCCGUUGAGCUUGUUGUUGGGGCCGUCUCCUCACCUGUCAUCAGUUUAGCAGGUAUUGACAGAGACAAAGGGGGAGUGGUGUUACAGUGUGAGUCUGCAGGCUGGUUUCCAGAGCCUGAGGUGUUCUGGCUGGACGGUGAGGGAAACCUCCUCUCUGCUGGACCUACAGAGACAGUCAGAGGUCCUGAUGACCUCUAUACUGUCAGCAGCAGAGUGACUGUGGAGAAGAGACACAGCAACAGCUUCACCUGUAGAGUCCAACAGAAGGACAUCAACCAGACCAGAGAGACUCACAUCCAGGUUCCAGAUGAUUUCUUUGAGGUCCAGUCCAGUUCUCUGUCCACCAUUAUUGGUUUGGCUGUUAGUUUGGCUGCUUGCAUCCUGUUAAUGUCUGCAGCGAUUGUCUUUUUUGUGUACAAACGGAGACAAAACACAGUCAAGACUAAGACAAGCUGCUGUGAUGAAAUUGAUGAGGAAGGAAGGAACAACGCUAAAGGAGAGCAACAGCAGCUCAUGACAGAUCAGAACAGAGAAGGAGAAAAGAUUAAACAUGUGGUCCAUGAUGAGAAUCAGACGGAUGAGAUUGUAAAUCAAGUUGAUGCUCAGAAUGAGGAUACGGUGGGCGAGAACAGUCAGACUGAGAGAAAUCAAGCUGCACCAGCCAAGUCCUGGUACUUGUUUCCUCGGUGCUUAUUCAGGAACAACAAGCGGCCCCAGGAGGAGCAGCAGAGGAGAGGGGAGACUGACAAGCUGGAGGACAACAAACAAGCAGCUGACACAGAGGGGAGGAAGAGCAGUGAUGAGCUGAAGGAGGCAAAUCCUGAACUGGAGAACAAGAAAGCAGACAUCAGCCAGCUUAAGAGACAUGUGGACAGCCUGCCGGCUGAUGUCCAGAGGCUCAGUGAGGAGAAGAACCAAAUUGAGUUGGAAACCAAGACAAAAGAGAUAGAGAAACUGCAGGAGGAGACCAGAAGCAAGAAACCUGAGAAGGAAGUGAAGAAGAAAAAGGGGAUACUGUCUAUGAAGACCAGAGGAAAGAAAGCUGAGAAAGAUGUGAAGAAGCCAAAGAAGCAAGGGCCGGAGUGUGAUAGUCCUCAGUUCCAGCAGCAGGACGAUACUGACUCAGCCAGUCCGCAGGACAUGUCAGCGGGACAUGUCAUUGAGGUUGAUGUCGACAAAUCGAGGAUAUUUAUUCGUCUCAGAAACAUGUCCAGUGAGGACCAAGAACUGGGAGGCUGGAUGUUAAAAGUACAAAUCAACAACAAAGAACCCAUCUUAUACACAUUUGAGAAAUCAUUCAAACUCAGUCCUGGAAAACCUCUCACUAUGUGGGUUCAAGGUUUUGGUAGCCAUUUCCCUCCUACUGACCUGAAGUGGAAGGACCUGAAGUCCUGGAGUCCUGGAGACAAACUGCAGGUCUUCCUCAUCAAGGAAGUGUAUUCUGUCCAUUAAGGACUCUGAUAUUUCUCAAACCAAAUAUUUUAACUCUAUUCAUGGCAUUGUAUCCCUUUAUUACAGAAACGUGAAACACAUUUUCAUAAUAUAUAUAUAUAUAUAUAGAGAGAGAGAGAGAGAGAACUAAUAAAUAAAUAAAGAUUUGAUUUUUUAAAAA